GGGAAUGGGAUCAGCGCAUGGAUCAACAAUAUGAUGUACUCGAACCUCAGCAAGGGAUAUCCGACUUUCACUCACUUCCCUGCCGAGGACCAGGAGAUGUGGUUUUGUCAGUUUGCGCAAGAGUUCACCUGGAAUCCCGAUCACACGAACUUUAUCCGUGACGCCUUCGUCCAUAAAGUUAUGGACAACUAUGGGAAGCAGAUCUACGAGUGGAAGCAGAAGUGGCUCAUCAACCAGGUCCCGAAGUCGAUCAACAACACGGUCUGGGAGAAGUUGUGUGUGCAUUGGGAUAAGGACGAGACGAAAGCUACCUCCGUGACCAACUCCGCGAACCGUAAGAGCGAUCGUGGCGGGAAUGGCAUAUACAAGCACAAUUUGGGUGCCCAGACUAUUGCCACUCUUGGGGAUCGUUUGCGGAUAAAAAUGAUGGCGAGCCGGUUGAUGAUUUCGUCCUAAUGAAGACGGCGCAUACCAACAAGCACACCGGGGAGAUUGAUGACGGUGUUGUGAGUGAUGUGCUCAGCCUGAUCGAAACUCAGAAGGAAGACGAAGAGACCCGUCUAUCUCAGCUUCAAACCGACCUGGACGCCACUUCGACGGCUUCGACCAACUUGUCCCGGAUUCGAAUCAACGAAA